AUGGCUGAUUGCAAUGCCACAAAGUACUCGAUGGAACCCAAGGCACAACUUCACAAAGACAUGGAAGGAGCACCAAUUGAUGCUACGGAGUAUAGAAGCAUCGUUGGUUGUCUUAGAUACUUACUGAACACAAGACUAUAUCUUUUAUAUGCUGUUGGAAUGGCGAGUAGGUAUAUGGAAAGGCCUACAACCAUGCAUUACAAGGUGGUCAAGCAAAUACUUAGGUAUUUGAGAGGAACAAUUCACUUUGGGCUCACUUAUACGAAAGGUCCCAAAGAAUUUGAUAUAUUCGGUUACUCUGAUAGUGAUUUAGCCGAUGAUCUCGACGGGAGGAAAAACACAAGUGGAAUGAGAUUCUACUUAAAAGAAAGCUUGGUUUCAUUGAAUUUGCAAAAGACGAUGGCACUCUCAUCUUGUGAAGCCGAGUUCAUUGCAGCUUGCCAAGCAUUGUGA